GGGGCUGGGCUGGUUAGUGGCGAUGGGGUUGCGGGAGGCUGCGCUGUGGGGGACCCUCCUGCUGCUGCUGCUGGGACCCAACCGGCUGGAGGGGGCCCGUGGCGGGUCGCUGCGGAGACGGCGGGCGGUGGAGCCGGGCUGCGGGGAGCUGCGCGGGGUCGAGCCCAUCCUGGGCAACAACACCUACCAGUAUGUCUUUGAUGACUUCAGCGGCACUGUGUCACUCUCCUGGGUUGGAGACAGCACUGGAGUUAUUCUCGUCCUGACCACAUUCAAGUUACCGCUGCUGUUCGUGAGUUUCAAGCAGUCCAAACUCUACAGGAGCGAGGACUAUGGAAAAACUUUCAUAGACAUCACAAAGCUCAUUAACCACACCUUCAUCCGGACGGAGCUUGGGAUGGCCAUCGGCCCAGAGAACUCGGGGAAGGUGAUUCUGACGGGGGACAUGCCUGUGCCUGGAGGGAGCCAGGGAGGAAAGAUCUUCAGAUCGUCUGAUUAUGCUAAGAACUUUGCUCAGACAGAUCUCCCCUUUCAGCCCCAGAGUCAGGUCAUAUACCACCCGCAGAACUCCGACAACCUGCUGGUCCUCAGCACCGAAAACAGCCUCUGGGUGUCCAGGAACUUUGGGGAGAAGUGGGAAGAAAUCCACAAAGCUGUUUGUCUGGCAAAAUGGGGCCCCAACACCAUCAUCUUCUUCACCACCUACCUGAAUGCCUCCUGCAAAACUGAUCUUGGGUUUUUGGAGCUAAAGAAAACCAAUGACUUUGGCAAAAGCUUCAAGACCAUAGGAAACAAAAUCUACUCGUUUGGCCUAGGAGGUCGCUUCCUGUUUACUUCCGUGGUGACAGAGAAGGGCAAUACAAGGAGGAUCCAUGUCUCGACUGACCAAGGGGAGACCUGGAAUAUGGCCCAGCUUCCAUCUGUGGGUCAGGAGCAGUUCUUCUCCAUCCUGGCAGCUAACGAGGACAUGGUGUUCAUGCAUGUGGAUGACCCUGGAGAUACUGGGUGUGGCACAAUCUACACCUCAGAUGAUCGAGGCCUCAUAUACUCCAAGUCCCUCGAACGGCAUCUCUACACUGGCAUUGGGAGUGAAACUGACUUCACCAAUGUGACCUCGCUGCGGGGCGUCUAUAUCACCAGCGUGCUCUCUGAAGACCGUUCCAUCCAGUCGGUGAUCACGUUCGACCAAGGUGGUGAGUGGCUGCCACUGAGGAUGCCUGUCAACGCUAAGUGUAACUCCACAGCAAAGAACAAGGAUGAGUGUAGCCUUUACAUCUAUGCAUUGUACGGCAUCUCCCUGAAUCACAACGUGCCCAUGCUGCCUCUGUCCGAGCCCAAUGUGGUGGGAAUAGUCAUCGCUCACGGCAGCGUGGGGGAUGCCAUCUCCGUGGUGAGCCCAGACGUUUACAUAUCUGAUGAUGGGGGCUACACCUGGACAUGGGUGCUGGAAGGACCCCAUCACUACGCCAUCCUGGACUCCGGGGGCAUCAUCGUAGCCAUUGAGCACAGCCUCGAGCCGAUCAAUGUGAUUAAGUUCUCAACGGAUGAAGGUCAGUGCUGGCACAAGUACACUUUCUCCAAGGAACCCAUUUACUUCACCGGUCUGGCGUCGGAGCCAGGAGCCAGAUCUAUGAACGUCAGCCUUUGGGGCUACAGAGACUCUGUCUUGCCCCGCAAGUGGGUCUCCUACACCAUUGACUUCAAUCAUCUCCUCAGCAGGAACUGUGAGGACGACGACUAUACUAUCUGGCUGGCUCACUCCAGCGAGCCCGGCAGCCGCACUGAUGGCUGCGUCCUGGGCUAUAAGGAGCAGUACCUGCGUCUCCGCAAGUCAUCUGUCUGUCAGAACGGCCGGGAUUACGUGAUGAUGAAGCAGCCAUCGGUCUGCCCGUGCACGCUGGAGGACUACCUCUGCGAUUUUGGCUAUUUCCGCCCUGAAAACCAGUCUGUCUGCGUGGAGCAGCCGGAGCUGAAAGGCCACGACCUGGAGUUCUGUCUCUAUGGCAGGCAGGAGCUACUGACGACUAGUGGGUAUCGUAAGAUCCCGGGAGACAAAUGUAGCGGUGGGAAGAGUCCGAGCCGUGAGGUGACGGACCUGAAGAGGAAAUGUACAAGCAACUUGUUGACCCCCAGCCAGCUGUCCGCUGCCUCCAGCUCCGCUCCCAUAAUCCUGGCUGUCGCGGGCGUAAUGCUCCUCACCAUCAUAGCUGGAGUCCUGAUCAUUAAGAAAUACGUCUGCGGGGGCAGGUUCCUGGUCCAUCGCUAUUCUGUCCUGCAGCAGCACGCAGAGGCUAACGGGGUGGAAGGGGUUGAAGCUCUGGAUGCAGCCAGCCCUGCUAAUAAAGGGGGCUACCACGAUGAUUCUGACGAGCUGUUUGUUUUUUAAGGAAGACUAAAUAGGAAGGUGAAACCAGCAUUUCACUAAGCACUAACCAUGAUGAAGGUGCAAUUCACCCUGCUGCAGAGAGAAGGCUCUUAACUCCAGCGUCACCCCUCGGGGGCUCAUCUCUGCCUCAGCAUGGCCUCGGCUGGGCGAAGCUGCUGGUGGCGCUGGCCUAUCCCCACCACUUCACCUAGCAUGGGCAGGCCUCGGGGCCCCCGCCAGGACGGCAUGUCGCUUAGCCAGCACCCCGCAGGGCCACACGCCAAAAAUGAGAAGUGAUUGGAUGAAACCAGCGCGUCAAGUGGAGUUCAUCUCCGCGCCAGGAGUAACUGCUGUGACUGGCCCUUGUGGAACCAAAGCACUGAACUGGGAAAGCAUCAUGUCUGCAAACACUGACAGCAGCAGCAGGGGAGGGAAAGGGGUUAUUUUUAGUUCUAGGAAUAAGUGCAACAGAAAACUCGGUAGGAAUAAAUCUCCUGCUUGUUGGUGUGUUCUUCGGGGUGGUGGGAAGCGUGUUCCAGGUGGAGCUGUGCGCUGAAAUGCCAGUGCUCUGGCGAAGAGCCCCAUGGCUUCGUUUAAGGGGGCAGAAGAGAGAGGCUCCUAGUUUUCUAACAUCCGCCUGUUUCCCCACCUAAAGCGGUAGGAGACCAGCUGCUUGGUAGCUCCUAGAGCUGCUGUUGAUGUGGCCAGGCCUGGCGGGGGCUUGCAGGGACUCUGGCUGUUAUAAACAGGAUCCUCAGUGCCCCGCCCUUCCCAGCGGUACCACCUUUGGGUGUGAUGUCACCUGGCAAACUGUAAGCUGCUGCUCUAGGCGCAUUUCCACUCAGCUGAGUACACUGCAGUGUGUCCAUGUCCCUGUUUAAACAUCCAGUUGUCUUCUGCAAUAGAUGCUGCCCUGCUGAUUGUGGAGGGGGUGUCUAGGCCAAUGCCUGGCUGGCCUUUGCACUUGGAGGGCUGGGUGAUAAAAAGUGAAUGUACGGAACAGUCUGACAGAUAUAACUGGGGUUCGUUCUCCACGGCUGGGUCCCAGUGGGCUGCCAUUUGUCCGGUGCCUUGUUAGGCACCAGCGUAGGCCAAGAGCAAGGAACACAGUUCAACCCCAGGCAUGCGGGAGACAGGAGUCUCAAGAACUGGUAUUUUUCAAACUUGGCUUAUUUGAACUGAGCUGGCUUGACUGGAAUUGUCCAUCUCACUGUCCCAUUAGCAGCUUCCCCUCAACUUAACUCUUCUUUGACACUAAACCCAUUUAUUGCAACUCUUCACGUUGCUAAGUCCCAGCCUUGGCAGGACCUUAGGCAUGGCUCUGCUCAGCGUUGCAGCACCAGCGACUUACGAGCAUAAUGUCAUUUUCAAGAGAGCUUGGGCUCUGUCUACACUGCCUGGGUUAGCGGAACUCGAGCUGGCAGACGUAGGGCUUGAGCGUCUACAUUCGUCUGUAACCCCAGGUUCGGAAGUCUUGAACCCUGGGUCCCAGCCUGAGCUCCAGCAUCUAUACUGCAGUAUGCAGGCCUGAGUCCAGCCACCCCCAUCCCAGGCUUCCUAGUUCCCUCCUUAAACGUGGCCACUGAAGCCCUGUGUUCGUAGUGCAGCAUGGGAAAACAUGACUGUCCAGGGCACAAAAGAAAUUUUGGCUCACAGGAUUGUGGGUGCUUUCUGCAGACUCCCAGAGCGCGAACCCAGUGGGGCUGCGUCUACACUGCAAAGCAAUAGGGCUUGAACCCUGGGUCCCGGCUUGACUCAGGCUCAUAUCCUCCACCCCUAUGGGGUCCUGGAUCACUGGGUCCAAACCCUGCGUUAGGAUGAUUUAUGUGUAGACGAAAGGGGGGUUAGGCUUGAGCCUGAGUUCGAACCCUGGGCUUACACUGCAGUGUAGACAUACCCCUAGGCUCCGGAGUCUCACUGAAAGUAGGAUUUAGGCUCCUAAAUCAGUUAAGUGUUGCAACAAGGAGUGGAGCUGCCCUUAAAUACCUUCACAAAAAUCUGGCUCUAGCUACCGAACUCUUGUUACACUGGGGCUUUCCUUUAAAAAUUUACAGGAGGAGCCAUGCUGUUCCUGUGGCCACUAGAAGGCGCAGUUUCCCCAGCUACGGCUGGAAGGCUGCGCUAUGUUUUGGAGUAGCCUAUUGCAAGGGAGCGAAUGUGAUCUGGCCAAGAUAGAGGCUGCUCAGUGGUAAAGGCAGAUCUGGGUGCAUUUUCCUGGGCAACACAUUGCCAAACUCUACCCUCGUCCCACCAGUAUCCGCCAGGUAUUUACGCAGCUGGUUGUGUAGAAUAGGAAUGAAGUAGCUUAGCCUGUUUGCCUGGAGAGUGUUUGGCUCCCAGACUGGGUUUAACAAAAUUUCUUUUUAAAGAAUGAGCUUUCGAGGAGCUUUCCUUUAGAAUUUGACUAGCAGCCAAAUAGCUGCAGCUGGCCAAAGCGCCAGGAGAAGCUUCGGGUCCACGUUCCUCACCAGCUGGGAACAGAGACUGAAGAAUAAAUGAAAGGCAGCUGCUCUGUCUCUGGGAGUCUCCUGCAGACUGUCUCAAGCACUGCACAGCAUGGACAUCUGGGGCAGAAUCAGAUGUCCGUGGCUCUUAUUCCUAGAGCGGUCGCUGGAGCUCCAGGCACCAGCCUGCGAUGGGAAACAGCAGCAGAACAUUUGGGGGAUGGGACGGUCAGAUGCAUGAAUGUAAAACUGGCUACGAAUUCUCAUGCUCUUGAGACCAGCCUGUUCUGAAGGCGCAUUCUCAUUUACAGGCUGUCGAGGAAGCUGGUAAACACUGUGGUUCUCUUUUGCACACCCCCGCCCUAUUUCCUGCCCCCAAACCCAUCAGCCUUGAUGUUCACUAUGCACGUGGUACAUGGGCCAUUGGCGUGGAGAGCACCUGCCCCCCAGAAAGCUUGCGUGCCAAUGGGGUGAACACAGCCUUGGCGAGAGACAAAUGUCAUUUUUCUGGUGGGCGACGGUGGAUUUCCCCAUGGGCCAGUGCCCCCGCUGUGCCAUACAACGGCAGCCUUCCUCUCCCUGAGCAAAGCAGGCUGAUAAUGCUGCAUCCCUGUCCCUGCUGAAUGGUGGUCGCCCGAGCACUACCCUGGGGAUGCUGCUGUUGCAUGGCAUUGAGCACCAAUGCUGCCCCAAUACCCUUGGCUUACUAGCAUGGCUGCAGGGCAGAUCAACACAGGGAUGCUGUGCCAGGUGCCCUGCCAGGGAUAUGUCACCACGUAACUAAAGCCAGAGCCCCUGCCCUGCCAUGUAGAAUAUCUCCGGGCUCCAGGCCAAGGGCAGGUCCAGGGGACGGGCUGAGGGGUGUGGAGUGUUCUGUAAACAAACCUGGCUGGGCUAUAACUGUACUGGAGAGACAAGGUGGGAGAGGGGGUCUUUUACUGGACCAACGUCUGUUGGUGAGAGAAGUCAGGGCUGGGGAAUGACUUUGUACUGGGAUUUUUCUGUAUAUUUGCAAUAUUUGAGUUAGAAAUAAAAACCAAACGGACUUUGUGUUACCUGCUCUGUGGGUGCCUCACUGUGCGAGCGGGAGCUGCUAGACUCCUCUAAAGCGCCUCUCCCCCCUGGCCCA